GUUAAAAUGGUAGUGGAUCUCCGCCUGGUAACAUCAUUUACUUCACUGUGAUUCAUGUAUAUGAUAAGAAUUAGGAUUGUUUGAAUGCUUACAAGCGGCGGAGUGGGGCUUCUGCUCUUUUCAGAUCCUCAUGAAUGCCCAUCUCUCACUUUCUUAACCAACUCAAACUUUCUGCCAGUACCCAAACACCUUCUAUUGCCAGAAAACUCCAUGCCCAGCUCAUCAAAACCGGCCUAGACUUUUGCGGGCCAUUGUCCAACACCCUUAUAGAUGUAUAUGGCAAAUGCGGUCUCCGCCAUGACGCCCUCCACCUGUUCGAUGAAAUUCCCCACAGAGACCAUGUCACCUGGGCUUCAAUUCUUACUGCCAAUAACCAAGCUGAUCUUCCCCAUCGAACCCUCUCCAUGUACCCAGCUAUGUUUACUGUGGAUGGUUUGCAGCCUGACCAUUUUGUGUUUGCAAGCCUUGUUAAGGCUUGUGCUUGCCUGGGUGCUGUUAGACAAGGAAAGCAGGUUCAUGCCCGGUUUUUGUUAUCACCAUUUUAUCAUGACGAUGUGGUGAAGUCGUCCUUGGUUGAUAUGUAUUCGAAGUGCGGAUUGCCUGAUGAUGCAUAUGUGGUUUUUGGCUCCAUUUCUUCAAGAAAUUCGCUUUCUUGGACCGCUAUGAUUUCAGGGUAUGCUCGAAGUGGGCGGAAAUCUGAUGCAGUUGAAUUGUUUCAGAGGGCACCAGUUCGGAAUUUGUAUUCUUGGACGGCUUUGAUUUCUGGGUUAGUACAGAGUGGGAAUGGCAGUGAUGCAUAUGAUUUGUUUAUUGAAAUGCUAAGAGAAGGGGUUGACAUAGUAGACCCUUUAGUUCUUUCAAGUAUCGUAGGUGCUUGUGCCAAUCUGGCAGUGUUAGAGCUUGGUAGACAGGUGCAUGGCCAAGUCAUAGCUCUUGGCUACGAAUCUUGCUUGUAUAUAAGCAAUGCGCUUGUGGACAUGUAUGCAAAAUGUAGUGAUAUUUUAUCUGCGAAAUAUAUUUUCGGUAGAAUGCAGAGAAGAGAUGUAGUUUCUUGGACAUCAAUAAUUGUUGGGGCUGCUCAACAUGGACAAGCAGAGGAAGCAUUGACUUUAUAUGAUAAGAUGGUUAAAUCUGGAACAAAGCCAAAUGAAGUUACCUUUGUUGGAUUGCUCUAUGCUUGUAGUCAUGUUGGGUUAGUUAGCAAAGGGCGUGAUCUUUUCAAAUCCAUGGUGGAAGAUUACAAAAUUAGUCCCUCUCUACAGCAUUAUACAUGCUUAAUGGAUCUUCUUAGUCGAUCUGGGCAUCUUGAUGAGGCUGAGAAGGUCUUAAAGUCAGUUCCCUUCAAGCUUGAUGAAGCCACUUGGGCUGCUUUACUGAGUGCAUGCAAGCAUCACAAAAAUAUGCAAAUGGGAAUUCGGGUUGCCAAUCAUAUAUUAAGUUUAAAACCAGAAGAUCCUUCAACCUAUAUAUUGUUGUCUAACGUCUAUGCUGGUGCCUGCAUGUGGGAAAAUGUUUCAAAGGUGAGAAAGUUGAUGGUGGAUAGGGAAGUUAAGAAAAGACCUGGCUAUAGCUCCAUCGACCUUGGAAAGGAAAGGCAAGUGUUUUAUGCUGGAGAGACAUCUCAUCCCAUGAAGGAUGAGAUUUUCAGUUUGCUGAAGGAAUUUGAUGCAGAGAUGAGGAAGAGAGGUUAUGUCCCAGACACUAGCUCGGUUUUACAUGAUAUGGAGCAGCAAGAGAAGGAAAGACAGCUGUUUUGGCACAGUGAGAGGUUGGCUGUGGCUUAUGGGCUCCUUAAGGCUGUUCCAGGGGUUGUUAUUCGGAUAGUGAAAAAUCUUCGUGUAUGUGGAGACUGCCAUACUGUGUUAAAAUUCAUAAGCAAUAUUUCAAAAAGGGAAAUUGUUGUUAGAGAUGCCAACAGAUAUCAUCAUUUCAAGGAAGGCAAAUGUUCGUGCAAUGAUUUUUGGUGACAGAAGUUUUUGUUGGGAGACCUAUGACCUUCUACAUGUUUAUAAGCAUCAUCACUUUCUGAUGAUGGAUUUAAGCUAUCUCAGCUGCUUAUUUGAAAGCUCUUGAAGUUACAAUUUUCUUGGCCAAGCAAUUAUACAUCAAUUUGUGUAACUUGGUUUGUGCUCUAUAAUUCUUUUUCAUUUUCUUAAAUCAUAGUUUGCUCUAGGUUUAUAGUUUGUAACUUGCCUGCUUCAUUUAUUCUCUCCCAAAACAUUUCCUGUUUUGUUUCUAUCUAUUACUUUCACAUAUGUACUCUUCCAUGAAGAUUCAUUGACUUUGAUAGCUACAAAAUAGAUAAGAAGUAUCUGCUCACUUUAACUAAA